AUGGGUUGCAACAAUAGUACCAACAACGGAGGCGGCUAUGAGGAUACCGUGUACCGGCGGCCGAGUGUCCCUGCUAAUAUUAGCGGUACCGGUAACUCAGCACAAUCCAAGGACCUUGAGAGCAGAGAACAGCGCCCCGCCGAGCCACCUGCAUAUCUGUUGCCAUCCCACGAACUGUUUCAUCCGUCGGCGAAUGGUCGCAAUGGGUACGAAUUUAAAAAACUCUACCAGAAAACAGAAGAGCAACUCGACGGUGGUAAUUUCGGUGCUAUUUUCGAAUGUUGCCAUUUACACGGCAGCGAAUUGGAUUAUUGGAAAAAGGGCGCUCUCAAAAUCACCAAACCCAAUGCGUUGGAUACGUUCAAUGGACCCAUUUUAACAUAUCAGGAUAUCGAAGACCGUUGUCAAGAAAUUCGUACACUGAUCUUGCUACAGCAAAAACCACGGUCCGACAAUAUUCUCCGAUUGCAAGAAUACUUUUACAACAAGGGGACGCAAGAGUUACGAGUUGUCACGGAAUUGCUGCAGCAGAAUUUACGUGAUUGGAUUGAAACACAACAGCAAUUCACCGAACGACAGGGACGAUCCGUGGCCAAAAUCAUGCUCUCCGCCAUCAAGUUCAUGCACAGUCGAGGCAUUGUUCAUCGGGAUAUUAAAGAAGCCAACGUCGUCUUUGCCCAAACGGGUGAUUUGAAAUCACUCAAAAUUGUCGAUUUUGGUCUCGCAAAGGAUCUACAGCCUGGUGAAACCGAAAAGGCAUUCUGUGGAUCGCUCGGGUACAUUGCUCCCGAAAUUUACAUGCGAGAACCCUAUCGAUUCGAAGUCGAUCUCUUUAGUUUUGGAGUACUCAUGUUCAAGAUUCUGUCCGGUAGACGUCCUUGGCCGGCUGGUCCGGCCGAAGAGACUGGACGUAAAACGGUCAAUCUCGAAUACAAAAUCAUUUCCGAGCAAUGGAGGAAUGUAUCCUUUCACGGACAAGAUUUUAUUCGCAAACUACUGGCGUAUCGCGAAGAACGCCUCGAUGCCACAGCCGGGCUCGGGCAUGAAUGGCUCGGCGAAACGACAACUUCCGUCUUGCGCAUCAAUGCCAGUAUGGCCUUUCGAAUCGAUGACGGUGAAGAAGGACGACUCUCUGAUGCCGUUAUUAAUCCCGAAGGAGCCAGUACAGCGCAAACUUCCCGCGAACAUUCUCGCUUUUGGGUCGAAGAUCAAGUCCAAGACGCCCUCGAAACGUUUAUUCCUACCGGCGCGUUUCGUGGACGCAUCGUGCCCAGUCCGGAAGGACAUGCCAUGGUGGAAGAAAUCAUGCCACCCAAUGGAAAAUUGUUGCCCUAUUACAUUAUCAACGCCGAUGUCUACACGGAACGAGAAUGCCGUAAUGUCUGUCGGGAGAUUGCACAACGCAUUGCGUUGUUUCACAGGGGGCAUGUCGUACACCGUAAAUUGCACAUGGAAAAUGUGGUCGUCGAGAGUCAGCCGGGCGCCGACGACUUUAAUGUCAGUCUUCGUGGUGUCCAAUAUGCUCAGAUGAUUCGGGAAGACCAGCCACUUACGGGACGUGUCGGUCGCGCUCUCAGGGGAUGGCAAGCAUUCAUUGGACCCGAAAUCACCAGUGAAUUUUAUCACGACCACAGAGUCGAUCUGUGGAGUUUGGGUGCGAUUAUCUACAUGUCGCUCUGUGGAUCGGCUCCUGUACGAGCCGAUCUAUACUUUCGUGUCGUGGUGCCAUCGGCUCCGGCCCAGGAUCUGGUCCGUCGAUUGCUGGUGAAGGAUCCCAGUCAGAGACUCACCAUUGAGGAAGUCUUGAACCAUCCGUGGAUGACCGAACACGAUGAAGCGCUGGCCCAACAACCACUCGACCUCACCAAGAUCUUCUUUGAAGAUUACAUGCGUGCAGGUCGCACGUCGGUCCGCAGCAGCCAAUCCGACUCCACUUCGCAGCUCCCCCCGGUUGCAGCGCCUCCUUAUCAACAAUAG